GGAUCCUCAACUUCUGUGCCAAUAACUACCUGGGGCUCUCCAGCCACCCUGAGGUGAUCCGUGCUGCUGUGGAGGCCCUCGAGAAGUUCGGUGCUGGGCUCAGCUCCGUCCGCUUCAUCUGCGGUACCCAGAGCAUACACAAGGACCUGGAGGAGAAGAUCGCACGUUUCCACCAGCGGGAAGACGCCAUUCUCUACGCCAGCUGCUUUGAUGCCAACGCUGGUAUCUUUGAGGCCUUGCUGACCCCAGAGGAUGCAGUGCUGUCGGAUGAGCUCAACCAUGCCUCCAUCAUCGACGGGAUCCGCCUGUGCAAGGCUAACAAGUACCGCUACAAGCACAUGGACAUGCAGGACCUGGAGGCCAAGCUGCAGGACGCACAGGUACAGAGGNNGCGGCUGGUGGCCACCGACGGUGCCUUCUCCAUGGAUGGUGACAUCGCACCCCUGAGGGAGAUCUGCCAGCUGGCCCAGAAGUAUGAUGCCCUGGUCUUCAUUGAUGAAUGCCACGCCACAGGCUUCCUGGGACCCAAUGGCCGGGGUACGGAUGAGCUCCUGGGAGUGAUGGACAAAGUCACCAUCAUCAACUCCACCCUGGGAAAAGCUCUUGGAGGAGCUGCAGGUGGAUACACAACUGGCCCCAAACCCCUCAUCGAUUUGCUCCGCCAGCGUUCCCGCCCGUACCUCUUCUCCAACAGCCUGCCCCCCGCUGUGGUGGGCUGUGCCUCCAAGGCCCUAGACCUGCUCAUGGAGAGCAAUGCCAUUGCACAGUCCAUGGCUGCCAAGACUCAACGGUUCAGAAGCAAGAUGACAGCAGCCGGCUUCACCAUCUCAGGGAAGGACCACCCAAUCUGUCCUGUAAUGCUCGGGGACGCUCGGCUGGCUGCCGUGAUGGCUGAGGACAUGCUGAACAGAGGCAUUUAUGUCAUUGGCUUCAGCUACCCCGUGGUCCCCAAGGGAAAGGCCCGCAUCCGGGUCCAGAUCUCGGCCGUGCACAGCGAUGAGGAUAUCGACCGCUGCGUGGAAGCCUUCACCGAGGUGGGACGGAAACACAGAGCACUGCCUUGAGGGGCCAGCAAACGCCUCCUCCAGUGCCCUCCUUGCCCACGACCAAGUGCCUGUGCCAGGGGAAAAUGAUUGAGCUGCCGACAGCAGGCCCGGUCCUCAAGGCAUCGCAGCCUGCGGGAGGCUGUGGCUGUUGCAGCAUCCUAGCAGCAGCACUAGCAACCAGCUCUUGUGUCAUUAAAGGUGUCCUGCAGUGCA